AUGCCACACCCACCACGAGACAGUCCAGUUCGGUCCGAUAUUCAGGAAGAGAAGAGAGAAAAUUCGCUAAUCGGGUGGGUGCUUCACAUUCUCAGCUUGUUGUCCCAACCUGCUCACAUUCAUGAGCACAUGCUUAAUAUUGCCACCACGCAAGUCCUGGUCCGGUACUUAAUCAAGUGUCCCAAUCCAUUGCCACGGGCGGGUCGGAUCCUCAUUCGAUUGUCAAAGAACAUCUAUUCAACCAUGUCCUUCAUCAAUCAGCGACACAUGUCGUGGUUGACUCGAACCAUUGAAGAUCGGCCCACAGUCAUAGAGAAGAACCAAGGAUGCAAGAGUUGCGAAAACCUGGAGCUCCUUCGCGACAUUCUUGUCCAGAACAUCUCUGUGUUUGCCGAAUCCGGAUAUUGUGAAGGUCAGAUGUGCCUCUCCCUUAUGCGGGGAACAAAGCAGGAGAAGCAAAACGUAGCCAUUAGUGCGGCCAUCCUGAUCAGGAGAAGAAAACUUCUAAGAAAUGUGCUCAUCACGCACGACGGACUCGAGGUCUUACUGGACGUGUGCGAAAGUAUUCGAAAUGAUCCAGCCCUUUUCUCAGAUGCCGUCCUCAGCUGUUCCAAUUUGGGCGCCCACGUGGGAGUGGUGGCCAUGGAUCUUCUCCUGGACCCCAAGGAAGAUACCAACUGCUUUCAUGACAACGAACACAAUGACCAUCCGAAGGAUCUGACCUUGAGUCUGGACGAUGGGAGCGAGAUCCAAAUUCACCGAGAAACCAUCGCGAAUGCCUCGCCGGUUUUUGGAGCCAUGUUCACGGGCGGAUUCAUGGAAUCCGGCCAAUCCAAGAUCAAGAUCCCAUUUCUCACUCACCCUUGCCUUACCAUUGUGCUUCACCAUCUCUAUGGAUGUGUGUGGUGUGAUGCUUUCAAAGGCCUACAAGUCUCCGUUCUGAUGGAGCUGGUGAGUGUGAGUGAUCAGUUUCUGUUGCCGGAUUUGAAUCAAACCAUUUGCCAUGAGAUCACGACACGAUGUCUGAAUGUCAAGCAAGUGGUUGAGAUCUAUCAGACCAGUUUGCAACGAGAGUAUCUCGUCCAUGGCUCCAAGGAAUCUCUGUCCAAAUGCGCCGUGAAUUAUCUCAUCGUCGGCGAAAUGAGCCACUUCAAACGCGUUCAACUCUGGGAAGAGCUCAUGAAGUCAAAGGCCAAGUCGGACUUUGUGGAUGAUGUUGGUAAAACCAUCCGAAGCAAACUCUUAGAGCUGCAUUAACACAAACACAUGUUACACGCUACCAUUCAUUCAGUCACUUGCAGGGAAUGAAAAAUUCUUUUCAUACAUAUCCAAUAAAAAAGCAUCGUCUUAUUUUGUAUUUGA